AUGUCACGUCUCAGAUGGAGGGCUUUGCUCAGUCACAGGAUAUUGCUGAAGAAGCGAUUUCGCGAGAUCUUGAAGGCGACAGCUUUGAAUAUGACGAAGAAGAAGAAGAAGAAGAAGAAGAAGAAGAAGAAGAAGAAGAAGAAGAAGAAGAAGAAGAAGAAGAAGAAGAAGAGGCAGAGGAUGACUCGUCCUCAGGAUCCUCUACUCUAUAACAUCUUCAAGCGUGCCAGAGCGACAACAUGUGUCCACAUCAUGGAAGCAACACAGUCAUAUCUCCAAGAAGGAAAGGGAAACGGCAGCUCGGGACCUGCGAGUCGUCUCGGAAGCAAGCUUUCAUUCUCUGGGCUGCGCAAAGUCAAGAGUACAUCCGACGAAGAGGCAGCAAGAGGUUCAUAUGCACAUGAGCAAACGCCACUCUUGGGUAAUGGGGGAGGGGAUCCAGACCAACCUUAUGGCGGACUCGAUAGCCCAAAGACGAUCAACAAGAAAUGGAACAAGGCAGUCAUAGCUGGGAAGAUCAACACAAGCUGGCAGCGCGAAGCCAAAGUGUUGACCAAAAGCUCGGCACCACUCAUUCUCACGUUCCUGCUACAGUACAGUCUCCCAGUUGCCAGUAUUUUCACGGUUGGGCACAUUGGCAAGAUCGAACUAGGUGCCGUGAGUUUGGCUAGCCUGCAACUGCAGCGCAUGCUGUACUUUCUACUCCUCAUCACAAUCCCCAUCUCCAUCAUCUGGGCGCUCGGCACGCAGCUUUUGUCCUUGAUCGUACCCGAGCAAGAAACCGCACGUCUAGCUGGUCUUUACUUGAAGGUGCUUAUUGCUGGUGCCCCGGGCUACGCCGCCUUUGAGGCGGGGAAACGCUACGUGCAAGCGCAAGGAAUAUUCUCGGCGACAAUGUACAUCCUGCUCAUCUGCGCACCUCUGAAUGCGUUCCUGAACUGGUUCAUGGUUUGGCACUUGAAAUGGGGCUUCAUUGGUGCUCCCAUAGCCGUCUCGAUAACCGAGAACGUCAUGCCCAUGAUGCUCUUCCUCUAUGUCCGCUUCAUCGACGGGUACCAAUGUUGGGGCGGCUUCGAUCGCCGGGCACUGAAGAACUGGAUGCCCAUGAUCAAACUUGCCCUGCCAGGACUCAUAAUGGUUUUGGCGGAAUUUCUUGCGUUUGAGAUACUUACCCUGAGCUCAAGCUGGCUGGGACCGACUGAACUUGCGGCUCAAUCUGUCCUUGGCACUGUGACGGGCAUUACUUUCCAGAUCCCAUUUCCGAUGAGUGUCGCGGCGUCGACCAGGAUUGCAAACCUAAUAGGAGCGACGUUGGCACGUGCCCGCAAAGACGGCUGCGAAAGUUGCCCUAUGUGCGUCCAUACUCGUGGGCGUCUUCAACUUGCUGCUACUUUCACUACUCAGGGAGUUUAUAGCUCGACUCUUCACGCCAGACGCAGACGUGAUUGA